AUGGAGGAGGCGGCCGCGGCUGCCGGGGCACCGCCGCCCGGGGCUGCGGCGGCCGCUGCUGCUGAUGCUGCUGCUGUGGCCGAGCCCCCGCCCGGGGCCGCCGCUCCCGCCCCGCGCCGGCUGCUGGCGCUGCUCGGGGCCAAGCUCUGUACCUGGCAUAUUUUGAAAACGAUAAUUCUGGGCCAGAUGCUCUCUUUGUUUAUCUGUGGGACUGCUGUUACAAGCCAGUACCUAGCAGAAAAAUACCAAGUGAAUACUCCAAUGUUUCAAAGUUUCAUCAAUUAUGCUUUGCUGCUUCUGGUUUAUACAACAACGCUGGCAUUUAGGACUGGUGGUGACAGUCUUUGGCAAAUUUUGAAACAGAGGUGGUGGAAGUAUAUUUUUUUGGGAGUGGCUGAUGUUGAAGCCAAUUACAUGAUUGUAAGAGCCUACCAAUAUACAACCCUCACAAGUGUGCAGCUGCUGGACUGCUUUGGGAUUCCUGUGCUGAUGGCUUUGUCAUGGUUCAUUCUCCGAGCAAGAUACAGGCUGAUACAUUUUAUUGCUGUUGCCGUCUGUUUGCUUGGUGUAGGAACAAUGGUGGGUGCAGACAUUUUGGCAGGGAGGCAGGACAGUGAAGGUAGUGACGUGGUGAUUGGAGAUGUCUUAGUGCUUCUUGGUGCUUCUUUGUAUGCCAUUUCUAAUGUGAGUGAGGAAUACAUUGUGAAAAAUCUGAGCAGAGUGGAGUUUCUAGGAAUGGUGGGCUUGUUUGGGACUAUUGUCAGCGGUCUACAGCUAGCCAUUGUGGAACAUAAGGAGAUAAUGAGAAUUCAGUGGAACUGGAAAGUUGCACUGUUGUUCACAGUCUUUGCCCUGUGCAUGUUUGGGCUGUACAGCUUCAUGCCAGUUGUCAUUAAAGUUACUAGCGCAACCUCAGUCAACCUGGGUAUUCUGACUGCAGAUCUCUACAGUCUGUUCUUCGGGCUUUUCCUUUUCUAUUACAAGUUUUCAGGUCUUUAUAUCCUGUCCUUCGUUAUCAUCAUGGUGGGCUUCACCUUGUAUUGCUCCACUCCAACUCGGACAGCAGAACCCACUGCCUUGCCACAACCUGAGAGCACUGGCUUGGACAAUGCUGGACUAAAGCUUGAGGAGAGUGACACUGAAACUCCAACCGUAACUGUGCAGUUCACAAGAGGAGAAACUGUGGUGGUCAGCACUGAUUAAAGAAAUGGCAGCAUUUCAAACAGAGCUUCUUUUUUAAUCACCAAAUUUCCCUGAAAUAUUAAUCCAGAGAGUUGUCCUACUGCCAAAGCAUGUGUCAUGCUGCGCUGGUUUUAAUGCACUGGAUAGACUUUUAAGGCCAGAUCUUCAAUCAGUGAAAUUAUUGAUUUGCCCUUGCAGAAAAUCUGGCCCUUAGAAGAAGACAGAUUAGUAUUUAUGUGGAGUCUCUGGAAAGUUAGAGACCGUUAUUUUUAAAUGCUUAAUUAACUUAACAACAAAUGCUUGGGAAAAAAAACUAAACCAAAGCAAGCUCUCAGGUCACUAAGUGGAGCAAAAUAUGUUUUAUAUUGCAUUAGGGACUUAAAUCUGCAUGAUGCUUUCAGAGGGCUUUGUGGUUUCCACCCCUUGGUGCUGAGUACCCUCAAGUAGCAUCUUGCAAAAGCCAUUCAGCUUCUCACAGGACCUAGUUCUGCAAGCUGUAUUCCAUACAUACACCUUCCACAUGCUGAUGGACUUAAUUCCUCUACUGCAGGAUUUGCUUCCUACAUUCUGCCCAAAUGUUCAUCUCUUCAUAUUGCUGCACUUCCUCUCGCAGCUGAGGAGGCUAAGUGUAUUUUGUUUUGAAUUUUGCUAGUAAGGGAAGUUUGAAUAUGUGUUUUUAUAGUGCCUUCUAUUUCUCUCUCAGUGGCCUUUUGUUUGCUGCAUUCCCACUAGGUGGGGGAGGCAAAAGCAGGCCCUUGCUCUGUUCAGUAAGAACUGAAUGUGGGUUUCUUUCUGGGGUGAGACAGCAAAAAGUUUUGAACUGAAGUUCACCUCUCAGUGAAUUUCUUCAUGAAACAGGAUACAUUUCUGCUGGAAGAGUUGAAUAAAAUUGACAUUUCUUGAAAAAAUUGAAUCGUCUUAGCCAACUCUCAUUGCAACAAUAAUGACGUGGUAUCCAAAAGGUUAAGUGCUUUCAGUAGAUACACUGGCAGUUUUCCUCCCCUUCUUCAUAUUUACAAUAAAUGAUUAAAAACCACAAAACUGCAGUUUUUAACAUCAGCAAAAACAUACUGGAGUUUUAUUUUACUUUAUAUUUUGUAUAAACCUUUGGAUUUCAGGUGUAUGAAUUAAA